UUUGUUGUGAGAGGGUAAACGACCACACUACUCCUCACAAAUCUCCAUCGGUUAAAUCCUCUAUCGCUGAUUCCAUAUCACAUUCUUCGCCUCCGAUUCUCGUCUCUCUCUCUCUCCUCUGGUUUUACAACUUUAUAUUCAGCGGAGAAAUUGUUUGAGCCGGGCUAUGGACCAGUAUGAAAAAGUUGAGAAGAUCGGUGAAGGAACUUAUGGUGUGGUCUACAAGGCCCGUGACCGCGUCACUAAUAAAACUAUAGCUUUGAAGAAGAUCCGCUUGGAACAAGAAGAUGAGGGAGUGCCAAGCACAGCUAUACGAGAAAUUUCUCUCUUGAAAGAAAUGCAGCAUGGAAACAUUGUGCGGUUACAAGAUGUGGUGCACAGUGAGAAGCGUUUGUAUUUGGUUUUUGAAUACCUAGACUUGGAUCUGAAAAAGUUCAUGGAUUCAUCUCCCAAUUUUUCAAAGGAUCUUCAGCAGAUAAGAUUGUUUCUCUAUCAAAUUCUCCGUGGCAUUGCUUAUUGUCAUUCUCAUAGAGUUCUUCAUCGAGAUCUAAAACCUCAGAAUUUAUUAAUAGAUCGUAGCAAUAACGCACUAAAGCUUGCAGAUUUUGGACUGGCCAGAGCAUUUGGUAUUCCAGUCAGGACUUUUACUCAUGAGGUGGUGACCCUCUGGUACAGAGCACCAGAAAUAUUGCUUGGAUCCCGUCAUUACUCCACCCCUGUUGAUAUUUGGUCAGUUGGGUGUAUAUUUGCUGAGAUGCUGAAUCAACGACCAUUAUUUCCUGGGGACUCUGAGAUUGAUGAGUUGUUCAAGAUAUUCAGAAUUUUGGGUACUCCAACCGAGGAUACAUGGCCUGGAGUGUGCUCUUUACCUGAUUAUAAAUCUUCAUUUCCUAAGUGGCCUUCAAAGGACAUAGCAAGUGUUGUUCCAAAUCUUGAAUCAGCUGGUGUUGAUCUUCUUUCGAAAAUGCUCCGCCUGGAUCCCGUGAAGAGAAUUACGGCCAGAGGUGCUCUUGAGCACGAGUACUUCAAAGAUAUUUCCCUUGUGCCUUGAUUUUUGAAUCCAUUUUCAUGGAAGACGAUUUGUUUAUAGUACGUUUUAGAAUCUUUUGGAUUUUGAUUGUGUGAGAAUUGUGUGCUUGUGAUUUAUAUUUUUGAUCGCCUUGGACAUAGCUUUGAUAAAAUUGACUGGAUAAUUUAGCUGAUAUGUUAAUCUCUCAAUGGGAGUCUGCUCUCAAGUCUCUCAGUUUCUAUCCAUUGAAAGAUAUACCAGUGUUGAUUGUAAUUUACUUCUUUUUCCCUUUCGAGGGAUGGGAAUUAUAUUAAGUUUGACUUUUAUCAAACAAUUAUUUAGCUCAAUAAUAAUUAAACAUUCUGCUUA